AUUGACAAGUAUCUCUAUGCCAUGCGGCUCUCGGAUGAGACUCUGGUGGAUAUCAUGGCUCGCUUCAAGCAGGAGAUGAGGAAUGGCCUCUCCCGAGAUUAUAACCCAACAGCCAUGGUCAAGAUGUUGCCAACCUUUGUGAGGUCCAUUCCUGAUGGCUCAGAAAAGGGAGAUUUCAUUGCCCUGGACCUUGGUGGGUCUUCCUUUCGAAUCCUGCGGGUGCAAGUGAAUCAUGAGAAGAAGCAGAAUGUGCACAUGGAGUCCGAGGCGUACGCCAUCCCGGAGAACAUUGUCCACGGCAGCGGAAGCCAGCUUUUUGAUCAUGUUGCUGAGUGCCUGGGGGAAUUCAUGGACAAAAGGGAGAUCAAAGACAAGAAUCUGCCUGUGGGCUUCACGUUUUCCUUCCCUUGCCGGCAAUCCAAAAUAGAUGAGGCUGUCCUGAUCACCUGGACAAAGAGGUUCAAAGCCAGUGGCGUGGAAGGGGCGGAUGUGGUCAAGCUGCUGAACAAAGCCAUCAAGCGGCGAGGGGACUAUGAUGCCAACGUUGUAGCUGUGGUGAAUGACACCGUAGGGACCAUGAUGACCUGUGGCUAUGACGACCAGCACUGUGAAGUCGGCCUGAUCAUCGGCACCGGCACCAACGCUUGCUACAUGGAGGAGCUGAGGCACAUUGACAUGGUGGAAGGCGACGAGGGGAGGAUGUGCAUCAACACCGAGUGGGGGGCCUUCGGGGACGACGGGGCCUUGGAGGACAUCCGGACGGAGUUCGACAGGGAGAUAGACCGGGGAUCCCUCAACCCGGGGAAGCAGCUCUUUGAGAAAAUGGUCAGUGGCAUGUACCUGGGAGAGCUGGUGCGGCUGAUCCUGGUCAAGAUGGCCAAGGAAGGUCUCCUGUUUGAAGGGCGGAUCACCCCGGAGCUGCUCACCAGAGGGAAGUUUGAAACCAGUGACGUGUCAGCCAUUGAAAGGAACAAGGAAGGCCUCCACAAUGCCAAAGAAAUCCUGACCCGCCUGGGAGUGGAACCCUCUGACGAUGACUGUAUUGCAGUCCAGCAUGUGUGCACCAUUGUCUCCUUUCGCUCAGCUAACCUGGUGGCUGCCACGUUGGGUGCCAUCUUGACCCGCCUGCGUGAUAACAAGGGCACACCCAGGCUGAGGACCACGGUUGGUGUUGACGGCUCUCUUUACAAGAUGCACCCACAGUAUUCCCGGCGCUUCCACAAGACCCUGAGACGCCUGGUGCCCGACUCCGACGUGCGUUUCCUCCUCUCGGAAAGUGGCAGUGGCAAGGGGGCCGCCAUGGUGACUGCGGUGGCCUACCGCCUGGCCGAGCAGCACCGGCAGAUAGAGGAGACCUUGGCCAACUUCCGCCUCACCAAGGAGAUGCUGAUGGAGGUGAAGAAGAGGAUGCGAGCAGAGAUGGAGGCGGGGCUGAGGAGGCAGACUCACGACAAGGCGGUGGUCAAGAUGCUGCCCUCCUUCGUCCGGAGCACCCCAGACGGGACUGAGCAUGGUGACUUCUUGGCCCUGGAUCUUGGAGGAACGAAUUUCCGUGUCCUGCUGGUGAAGAUUCGUAGUGGGAAAAAGAGAACAGUGGAAAUGCAUAACAAGAUCUAUGCCAUUCCUAUUGAAAUCAUGCAGGGCACAGGGGAAGAGCUUUUUGACCAUAUUGUGUCGUGCAUCUCCGACUUCCUGGACUACAUGGGGAUCAAAGGCCCCCGGAUGCCUCUGGGCUUCACCUUCUCCUUUCCCUGCAAGCAGACGAGUCUGGACGCGGGAAUCCUGGUCACUUGGACAAAGGGCUUUAAGGCAACUGACUGCGUGGGUCAUGACGUAGCCACUUUACUAAGGGAUGCAAUAAAAAGGAGAGAGGAAUUCGACCUGGACGUGGUGGCCAUGGUCAAUGACACAGUGGGCACCAUGAUGACCUGCGCUUAUGAGGAACCCAGCUGUGAGGUUGGAUUGAUCGUAGGGACCGGCUGCAACGCCUGCUACAUGGAGGAGAUGAAGAACGUGGAGAUGCUGGAGGGGAGCGAGGGGCAGAUGUGUAUCAACAUGGAGUGGGGCGCCUUCGGGGACAACGGGUGUCUGGAUGACAUCAGAACAGAGUACGACAGAUUGGUGGACGAAUAUUCUCUAAACUCGGGGAAACAAAGGUAUGAGAAGAUGAUCAGUGGUAUGUACCUGGGUGAAAUCGUCCGCAACAUCCUCAUUGACUUCACCAAGAGGGGCUUCCUCUUCCGAGGGCAGAUCUCUGAGACACUCAAGACCCGGGGUAUCUUUGAGACCAAGUUUCUCUCACAGAUUGAAAGUGACCGAUUAGCGCUGCUCCAGGUCCGCGCCAUCCUGCAGCAGCUGGGUCUGAACAGCACGUGCGACGACAGUAUCCUCGUCAAGACCGUGUGCGGGGUGGUGUCCCGGAGGGCUGCGCAGUUGUGUGGCGCCGGCAUGGCCGCCGUGGUGGACAAGAUCCGGGAGAACAGGGGGCUGAAUCAUCUGAAUGUGACCGUGGGAGUGGAUGGGACGCUGUACAAGCUUCAUCCGCACUUCUCCAAAAUCAUGCACCAAACCGUGAAGGAACUGUCACCAAAGUGUAAUGUGUCCUUCCUCCUGUCUGAAGAUGGUAGUGGCAAGGGGGCUGCCCUCAUCACGGCCGUGGGUGUGCGGCUCCGAGGAGAAGCAAGCAGCUAAGAGCGCAGGAGCCCCAGCCCACCGCCCUUCCAGCACCUCUCUCCAAAAGCAACAACCCCUGUUCCUUCCAGCGAGCCAUGCUGGGGACACCCCCGGUGCCAGAGCCCGCCACACCGCGGCAGGGAGGAAAAGAGAAUCCGACUGAUGGUGUAUAAUGUAGGGUUCACCAUAGAGUGUGUGCUGUUGAUAAUCUUUCACCUGGACCCCUCGCCUGCCCUGCCACUCUGCAUGAUUUGAUUUCAGCCCGGUCAUGCGUCCCCCACCUGUGAAGUGUAGCGACAUCCAUUCCUACCGGGUUGUCUGUUGGCUCAGAUGAAAGGUCAGACCACCAGACAGGCCCCUGGGGCCUCCAGAGCCCGUCCUUAGGGUCGCCUUUCCUGGGUGAAGUGUGUUAUCACCAGCAGACACUGCCGGACCCCGCUCCCAGGGGCACGGCCUGCGGGGAGUGUGGACAUAGAUAGCGUCACUGCUUCCUCCUGUCCCAGCACCCACCUCGGCCUGGCGUCCUGUCAGGGUGGGUCUGUGCCACUACACUGUGUGUCCGUGGAACCAGCCCUAGCCACGUCGUGACAGUCCUGCAUUCCGUGUGUCUCGUGGGGGGAGGUGGGCAGUCCUGCGGGAAAGUGUCUUGUCUCCACUUGGGUAAGAGGAGCCCACGAACUAUGCGUCACUGGAAUUCCCAUCGCUUUUGUGAGCCAUGUUGUAUGACUAGUAAACUUUGUACCGAUUCAAGAACCCGAGUGGUGAUGCUUCCUGACUGGUGGAGGGGAGAUCUUAGGAGACAGAUGCUGGGGAUUUCUGUGGGUGGGGAGAGUUUAAAAUAAAGAUUAUGAUCUUCAGC